AUGACACCUCCACCCCUACCUGUUUUACCCUCGCCUCCUCCUCCUCCACCACCUAUUACUUCACCUCCUCCCCCUCCACCUGUCUCACCUCCACCUCCACCUCCACCUCCUCAACCUUUUACACCACCUCCUCCCCCUCCACUUGUGUCACCUUCACCUCCUCCUCCAUAUAUGUCACUUCCGCCACCGUCACCUCCACCUCCUCGACCUGUUACGCCGCCUCCUCCCCCUCCGUUUAUCUCACCACCGCCACCACCUUAUCGACCUGUUACGUCUCCUCCUCCCCCUCCAUCCAUCUCACCUCCACCACCUCCUCGACCUGUUACCCCACCUCCUCCCCCUCCGCGUGUCUCACCUCCUCCACCUCCUCUUACUCGACCUGUAACGCCACCUCCUCCACCUCCACAACCCACACGUUGUACAACUUUACGUAUUUGCACUAACUUAUUGUCUUCUUUUCCUGGUCUAAAGGGACUUUGUUGCACAUUUGUUAGUGCUCGCUCUCUUGAUGAAGCCGCUAGGUGCAUGUGCAGCAAUGGCAAGACUGCAUAUCCUCAUAUGACCCCUUCUGCUUUAACGAGUCGUAUGAGACACGUAAUGGGGCAAUGUGGCCAUAAUGCAAACAACUUUAGUUGCAAUUAAGGACAUAAUAUGCAUGACCAUUCAAUAUCGUAUGUUUUAUUUCAUAUCUUAGGUUUGUGUUUGUGUGUUUAAAAAAGUGAAGGAUGUCACCGUAAAAGCCCGCUUCAUAUAUAUUUUAUUACAUAUCAAUAAACAUCCAUACACAAUAACUAAUAAGUAUGCUAUACAAUUUUCUUCUUGUUGUGUAUGGGAUUUCCGUCUUCCUACUUGAAAUCUUGUUUGUCAUCUUAUUGGUGAAAGUUGUUCAGUAAAAUUCUUUGUUCAAGAA